CAACCUCCAUACAUAUCCAAAUUUCGAAGCACCUAAAAAAAACUCAAAACUUCUCCACACACGCAUACCAAAACGCAAGAUUCCAUGGGAUUGAAGCUUUCUUGCAUCCACCGAGGCAGCCUCUCGGGGCAGGUGCACCAGCCGGCCUUGCCUGCUUCGGCCAGGGUCAUCGCCGCCGACGGCACGCUGAAGGAGCUACCGGCGUCACCCCUCGUCGUUGUCUCCGACGUUCUCGGCCUCAGCACCGACGCGGCCUCGUCAUCGUUCUUCAUCUGCAACUCCAACGCGCUCUACUUCAACGAGCACCCACCAGCCCUGCCCCACGGAGAACUGCUCCGGCCGGGGCGGAUAUAUUUCGUGCUCCCGGCGGCCAUGCUCGGCCGGCCGCUGUCGAGCGCCGAAAUGGCCGCGCUGGCCGUGCGCGCGAGCGCGGCGCUCGCGUCCACGCAGCGUCCACGGCGGUGCCGCGGCAAGAAGAAGGUGCUCGUCAUGCCGGUGAGCGGGGACGCCGAGGACGCUGGCUGUUUCAACGAGAAGCUCAACGAGCAGACGCUAGGGGAGUUCGGGCUGUUGCUGAGCCCGGCGAAGAGGGACGAGAAGCUCGCUGCGACGGCGGCACGGCCGUGGCUGAAGCGGGCGUUGAGCAUCAUUCAGGAGGAUGCCGAGUGAAGCAAUAGGCUGCGGUCUCAUUUUCUUCUUCUUUGAAACCAUUUUUUAGGCUUUAGAAGCUGGCUUGGUAGAUUUAGGAAAUAUGAUGGACUCUGAAGAAAACAAUUGCAUAUGUACGGUCUUCCUUUGUACAUAAUCCACUAGUUGCAGAACUGCAAGAAUGUAAAAAAAGAAUGUCUCGUUGGUUUUC